GGACCCAACGCGGUGACCGCUGUCAUGGCAACGACCCGCAUAUUGAAGAAGCCUGUAUCAACGUCCACGUUAAAUGUUAUGGACAUGUGUCUAAAUAUGAUCUUUAAUCGGAUAAUAGCGAGUAUGACAUUAACUUAACUUUAUUCUGAUUGCAUUAAUGUACUAUGGUUGAAGUUGUAUCAAGUUUUUUGUUUAUUUUCUGGUCAGGCACUGCUGUAAGUGUCACUACCCGAGUCGUGGCAAGUAAAGGCGCUUAACAUGGAUGCAGGAAGUUGGCGUUUUCUAUCAAAUAACUAAAAUAGCUUAAAGGACACUGUAGUCGUCUCUUUUUCGUCAUUUAGAGAGUAAACUCACUACUAAAAGUUAUACGAAGCAACUACUGUAACGUUUUCUUGUCGACAAUGAUCUUCCGGUGAAUCUGCUGUGCCAGUGCUGUCAGAAAGUGUUGAUUCAAUGAUGUCUCGGCUCGCCAAGAAAUCUCCAUCUCUUUGUACGGAUCAACCACUGGACAACACUGAUAUUUGUAACAAGCUUUAUUUGCUUCGUCAGCUCCUGACGUCUUGCUUUGGUCCGAGAGGAAGACUAAAACAGGUCCACAACAACAUUGGAGGGCGCGUUGUAACUACCUCAACCUCCUCAGUUCUCCUGUCAGCUGUCUCCUCCUCACAUCCUUUCAUCAAUUUGAUCAAAACCUCCAUUUUCAAUCACGUCUCUCGUUUCAGUGACUGUGGUUUGUUUGCUGCUAUUCUCUGUUUGUCUAUCAUUGAGCGAGCAAAGCAGUCUGGUCUCAGAGGAAGUGUGGUCAUCAAAGUGAACAAGCACUUGCUGGAUUUGUGUACUAGUUACCUACGACAAGAGGACUGUGGUGUUAGAGUGAAGCUGGAUUUCUGCAGCAGCCAGAACUUGAUCAAAUUAGCUCGCAGCAGCAUCUCUAGUAAACCGGCGUGUGUGCUAACAGAGCAGGAGACACUUCACAUCAGCAGGUUGGCUGUCCAGGCUUUUCUGCUGACAGUUCCCUGUAACAGCCCAGGAACUACUGUCACCCUUGGCAAAACAGUGAUUGUCUCUGUUGAAGGUCACUCGGUGCUGAGCUCCUCAGUGUUUCCAGGUCUACUAGUGGACACGCCUGAUGUCUUUCACCUCAACAAUAUAGAGUGCCUGCAUUCAGACCCAUUGCGCAUGGUGUUGUUUAGUGCAUCUCUUGCUGGGGAUCUUUCUGAACUAGGAGACGGGAGAAUUGAGGUGCACCCAGAUGUAGACACAGAUUCACAGAUCUUAGAUCAGCUCCUGGAGCUCGGCAAACAAGUGGUUAAAGAUGAGGUGAAGCUCUUUGUAUGCCAGAAGGUGAUCCACCCAGUUUUACAGCAAUACCUGAGGAGUCGUGGUAUCAUAGUGAUAGAGCGACUGGGAAUCACUCUAAUGGAGCCACUUACUCAGCUGACAGGUGCCCAGCCUGUGGCCACACUACACACCGCAAUCCCACCCCAGGCCUAUGGUGAGGUAAGGGAUCUCACUAUUAGGCAGUUUGGAUCCAAGACAAUGCUGCAUUUACAGCCUCCUGGGGAGUCGGCGAGCUGUACGAUGAUCCUCUGUCACAGGAACGAGACAAUGUUAAGUGAGCUGAAGGUGGUGUGCCAGAAGACAGAGCAUGUGCUGAGGCUCACCCUGAGGGAACCAUCCGCCUUACUCGGUGGUGGGUGUACUGAGACCCACUUAGCUGCUUAUAUCAGACACAAGACCAUGAAAGAAGUCACAGAGGCAGUAUCAGCGCUAGGGUGCUCACAGACUGACUACCUUCUUGGCGUAGAGGGAUUCUGCCGCUCUCUGGAGUCUGUGGCCACAGCGCUGGAGCACGACGGUGGGAAUUCUUUAAUCGACCUGACUCACGCUCACCACUGGACUCUCCCUGCAGAUGUCAUGAAAGAACAUAUGGAGCACAAUUUGGGCCCCUGUGGCUGCGGACUGGUGGAAAGUAUUCCAGAUAAGAAGUGGACUUAUCUACACACUAAUUACACACAGCUCUCACCUGCACCACUGGCCAGAGACACCGCUGUGCAGCCACAUGUGCUCGACUCCUUCACUGCUAAAGUCAAUGCAUUGCAAGUCGCUGUAGAAACUGCGAAUCUUGCCCUAGAUGUGCAAUAUGUUAUUCAAGACAUGAACUAGUAGAGCAGAUCUGUUAUUCAGUGUGGAACUCAGUGAGGAAUUUAUUCAGUUUUUAAUUUUCAACUGUAAUAUUAAGUUCAGACACUAGAUGUUAGUAUUGUCUCAAGUGAAACUUGAUUGAAUUUGGUCUGGUGUCAGUCAGAGGGAAUGUCUUGCCUCUGUCCUGUUGUUGUAUUGUGAUUUACCACUUUGUUAAGUCGUUAAAGGGUAAUUCCAGCAAUCUGACACAUUAAAGCGUGUUUACAGGGUUGGGGAGUACAGAUUGGAACCCACAACCUCGUCUUACACUCAACUACAGUGGCUCGUAAAAAUGUGGGGGGAAAAAAUGUGAAAGGCCCUCUCUAGAGUCGGCGUUCUCUUUGUCCAUUCUGGGCUACUGUAGAAACUGGGCCAACUCCGUGGAAAAGGACUCGCUCCCUCUGUAGAUAUAAACGGCUUGUUCUAAGGUUACUUAAACACAACAAUACUUAGUUUCAAGUGAUUGUGCACUAAUGAAAACACAAGUGUGAAUAUUAUUUUCCUUCCUGGCACUGGAAGAAUUCGGCUGGAAGUAAGAAGACAAACCUGUAUGACCGAUACCAAAUUCCCACCCUUUUUUGUUAUUGUUUUUUUUGUUCCAUUACAUUAUCUUACACCAACAAUGUUGCCAGUCUCAACCUGCUGAUAUUCUAGGAAACUACCUGAAACACAUGCAAAUACAAAGACUAACCUCAGGCAA